AUGUCCUUGCAGAAUUUAUUAGGUCCCCUGAUCGAUAUAGCCCAUAGGUUUCAUAAUGACCCGCAAGCUCUUACAGCAGCCAUCACAGCCCUUCUGGCUCCUCCCGCCCUUCAGGCACCGCCGCCCGUUAUAGCGGACUACCUCGCGUCACGUAAUUCGUUCGCGCCGCUCGAAAUCGACAUGGAGUGCUCUCACUCCGAUUCCGCGUCAUCAACAUCUGCCUCCCGGAAGAGGCCUGCCAAACAGUCCGGCACCAGGACAUCGGAGUCCUCUGACUCCGAUGAUACCGGUGACUCCAAUACAUCGUCGUACACCACGGUGUCGUCUAAGCGCGCAGCGAAGCGCGCCGCGAAAAACCGUUCGCCCCCCGCCGAAGCGGCCCGUGCCGCUCCCCCCACCCCCGCAGCCCCCGCCGCUGCCGCGUCUACCUCCGCAGCCCCCGCCGCUGCCUCGACCCCCUUAGAUAUUGCAGCGCCGUCGAAGCCGGCUUCACGUUGCGCUCCGCAACUCGCGAAAAAACCAGUUCCGCCCCCUGUCUUUUUGAGAGACAAGGCCGAGUUCACUAGACUGAGCAAGGUAUGCUACGACUCUGGAAUUAAAUAUGACAUAGCUACGAACAUGGGCGUAGCGAUAAAAAUAGUUCCCCAAUCUAUUGAUGAUUUUCGCAGACUCACUAGGCUCUUUACUAACGAACGAGUAUCGUACCAUACAUACGCUCUUCCGGAAGAGCGUAAAGUCAAGGCCGUCAUCCGAGGCGUCCCGUUCGAACUCUCCAACGAGGAGAUUCUUGAUGACCUUAAGUCACAAGGAUUCCCCGUCGAAGCUAUUCAUAAAAUGCACAGUAGGACCGGGUUGAGAUACCCGAUAGUCUUAGCUAUCUUAACCAACGUUCCGGAGGCGCAAACCAUCUUCCGGCAAGUACGCACGGUGUGCGGCUUGUCGGGAGUUAGGGUUGAGUCACCGCAUAGGCGCGGUUUCCCGGCGCAGUGCCACCGCUGCCAACUAUAUGGUCACGCGGCGGCCAAUUGCUCCGCCCCACCCAGGUGCGUUAAGUGCCUAGAUCCACACAUCACCAAAGAGUGUCCCCGGCCUAAAGAUGCCGUAUCCCCGCCCGCGUGCGUCCUGUGUCAACAGACAGGCCACCCGGCGAGCUACAGAGGAUGCCCGUGCGCUCCUCGUCCGCGCAUAGCAAGACAGGCACCACCGCCGGUAAAUGACCGUUCAUUCCCGGCCUUAUAUGUUAGGAAGCCCCGUCAGGGCGCAUCUCAGCCGUCUCAGGGCUUUGCACGACCCCCUCAGGGUCCCCCGAGACCACCGCAGGCACCGCUUAGGCCACCACCGGGCUUCUCAAAGCCUAUGCAGGCUCCAGUUUUUGCCUGGGGCCCCAAAAAGGUAGAUCCACCGCCACAGGUAUUUUCUGCUCCGCAGCAGAAACAGUCGACAAUAGGCGAUGACUUUAACACGGUUUACGCCGCGAUAAGGAACAUCGACAUUAACGAAAUCUCGGUUUUAGCGAGUAAACUGCGCGCCGCCCGAUCCCCUCAGGACCGGCUUUUGGCUCUCGCAGAACACAGUAAUUUAUUGCGUUCGUUGUAA